AUCAAACUUUUUGCAUUUACAAGUGCAACUAACCAGUGGAGCGCAUUACAUCAUGUACGUGUUUCUUCUAAGUUUUGGUCAAGGGAGAGGAGACUCUUUGCUUGGCAAAGUCAAGCUACAAACAUUUUGUUUUACAUCGCGCCCUGCCCUGAGAGGUAAAAUAUUUGCCACGAUUUUAGGGACACCUUGAAAACAGGACGUCCUACGAUACUUGGCGAUUCGGGGCUGCGGCGGCCUCCCCUCUGAUGAUCCUCGAAAGAACUGCUUUGCCCUGUCUGAUGGUCUCUGAUGGAGACUGCUGAAUGAAUAGAGAGAUGCAGAUACUUAACCAUGCUCGACGUCCGUGGCCAUGGUAGGAAUACCCCCGUAGCUAGCUGCUAGCUUGCAAGCUAGGAUUCUUUUGUCUACUACCCUACUACACUAGCACUGCUGUUGUGCCAGUGCUAAUGCAUCUCAACCUACAUAAUGUACGUGUAGUGUCUCCUCUGAGCUGUGUGCACACCACCGCAUAGCUAGCUCAGGAGAUUGGAACGGUUGCAAGCGGUUUUAUAACGGCACGAUUCUGCUGGACUUGGAUUCUUGGAAUGGACAUUUCUCAUCUAAAUACCCACCUUACUUGAUGUUAUCUGUGUACGUACGUUAUUAGUGAAGCUUCUCUCAGGUCGUGUUUACACUUACAGCAAUUCUACGAUGGUUUGUGCGAGUGACAAAGAAGGCUGUGUGUGCAGUCUUGUGUUGCAAGGACCUUCCUCACUAUGAGUGGUGGCAAUGCUAUGCUUAGCUGUCAUCAUUGUGGAUACUUGGCUACAUCACCUGUAUAUCUUGCCCAGCAUCAGAAAUGUCACGGUUUGGAAUACGAAGGUCCCUGGCGUACCUGUGAUAAUUGUAACUUUGCAACAAGAUCUGCACAAGAAUUCAGAGCUCACACCAAGCAGCAUUCUCGUGAACUACCCCAAGAUUUUAAGUGUGGAUAUUGUGGAAAGAGCUACCAGACAUUCAAAAAUUUAGAAAAACACUGUGUUCAGGUUCACGGAAAGGAAAGUUUGUCAAAUAUGGAGGACACACCUCAAUCAGAAAGUAGUAAUGGAAAUGAAUCAACAGUCAAUACUUUUCAGUGUAGUGAAUGUGAAUUCACUUGUAGAAGUCAUGGCAGCAUGUGGUAUCACCAGAAAAAAAUGCACCCAACAGAAGAGGACAAACAAAAAGAGUGGCACUGUUGCCAGAUCUGUGGUUUGACAUUUGUUUAUAAGCAACGCUACUAUGCUCACAUGGAGCAAUAUCAUGCUCUGUCCAUGGAUGAACCUAUCGAAGGUGAUGAGGUCCCACCAAGUGACAACUUUCACACAAGUGAGCAUAGUUCAUCUCCUCCGGCAGAAAAACAUGAGUUGAGACCAGGACAGCUUAUUAUUAAGUCUGAGGCAAUGUCAGACGGUGAACCAGACCCUGACUCUGAGAGAGAUGGAGGCUCAUGGGUAGAUCAUGAUGAUUCAAAUGAAAAUUUGAUGUUAUCUCAUGAUGAAAUAAGACCAAGCAGUGAGGGUGAUAUUGAUAUUGAGAAUGAGGGUAAUAAUGGAAAUCUAGAGGAUGAUGAUGAUGAAACUCCACCAAGCUUGAGACAGAUGCUUGAGAGAGGGCCUAGCCCAGCUAGAAGUGUUGGUAGUAGUGGUCAGUAUGAGCGUAGACCACCAGGUGUAGGAUUCCCUUGUGAAGACUGUGAUUUUGUUGCAGCAUCUUCAAGUGGACUGUGGUAUCAUCGACGUAAAGUGCAUGAACCAAAUAAGAUGGCCACAUGCCCGCAUUGUGAUUACACUGCAGUAAGCAGUCGAGAUGUACAGAAGCAUUUGCGAAAGCAUACAAAUGAGCGACCCUUUGACUGUAAGUACUGUGAAAGAAACUUUACACAAAAGAACCAUCUUUUCAAUCACAUCAUUACAAUUCAUAAAGGAGAAAAGUUACCAACAGAGAUUGAUGAAUCAACAGACAGUCGUUCAGCUGCACCUGCUGUACACUCUCCCAGCCAUGAAAGCGGUCGACCUUUUACAUGCAGUCAGUGUGGUAGAGCCUUUGCAAGGAAAAAUCUGCUGCAAUUGCACAAAAUGACUCAUGGUAUGGUGCAAGAUCAGAAAGACUCUGAUGGGAAUGAAAAUGAGGAAGGGAGAGAAGAGAGAUUCAACAAAAUGGAUGAAAAUCCUGAUGGAGCCGGCCCAAGUAAUGUACAACCAUCUAAAACAAGUAUUACAGAACAAUGUCAAUGUACCAUUUGUCAAAAAUCAGGGCCAAACAUGGUUGGGUACAAUUACUUGAAGGAAAGUCUUGCGCCCAGUGGCAAGAGGCGGUUUGAAUGCUCUUUGUGUAGAAAAAUAUUUUCAGCCCUUUGUAAGUGUUUAGGCCAUAUCAAACUCCUGCACGCUAAUGCAAGUGGCAAUCCUUAUAAGUGCAGGAACUGUGGAAAAUGUUUUCUGGCAGUGACUUCCCUGUGUGGUCAUAUGAGAGCUCAUCGUGAGCGAAAGAAAUUUAGUUUUCAGUGUGGCAUCUGUGAGAAGGUUUUUCAGAUUGGUGAAGCUCUGAAAAGACAUGUUGUUGCUUUUCAUAGCAAGGCUAUCUCUAAAGAAGCUCUUGCUGCUGCAGUCAAACACGGCUCAAAACUGAAACUAAAAAUCAGAUUGCCAAAACUAACAGACAAAUUACUUGAUAAAGUGUCUGCAAGUGAAAAUAAAGGACUAACAGGGGAUGUUAAGAAACAUGCACUGCCUAAAACAAUGACAUGCAGUAAGUGUGGGCUAAGCUUUACACAAGGCAAUUCAUACGUGCGACAUAUGUGUAAGCAUUUAAACAUUGUCCCAUAUGAUUGUAAGAAAUGUGGUAAAUUGUUCUCUUCUCAAGCUGUGCUUAAGGCUCAUAUGCAACAUCAUAAUAGUGCUCAGAUAUAUCAAUGCAUCAGAUGUAAUUUCAAAGCAAAGUACCUAACGCAGCUUUAUGUACAUAUGGAAAAGCAUUUUGGGAAAGGUGUACAUGGUUGUGUGUACUGUACAACCAGAUUCACCAAAAAGUCAAACAUCAAGAAGCAUAUCUUGACCAAACAUCGUGGGAAGCGGCUAGCCUUCGAGGACUACAGUGCUACUGUACAGCCAGAAGAUGAAGUUAUGGAUCAAGAAGAACAACUUGAUGAUAUGGCUCCAAAUGAGCAAAUUGAAAUGAGUGAAACACAACCACAUCCUGUGCAUGUGUAUCCUGCUCCAGCUUCAAUAAGUCCAAGCAGACAGACUCCAUCCAAACAAGCAGUUGUUGGUACACCCAAUAUGCGUGUUGAAAUUUCACAGCCUGAUAGCAGUCAGAUAGCAGAAGACAGGCCUCCAAGUACACUCAGUUCAGAAGGAUCAGUACACACAAGUGUGUCUGGUACUCCUAAUCAAGCUAAGAAUAUUAACCAUCAACAAAAAGAAGUCAGAACAACAACUUCGCUUAGUCCUGUUGCAAAGAAAGACAGUUCUGCUGACCAGAAGUGUGCAGACUGCCUGUCAAAUAACUCAAACAACCUAAAAUGUAAUCACUGCGGAAUAGUGUUUUUGGACAUGGUAAUGCAUACCAUUCACAUGGGAUGGCAUGGCCGUAAUGAUCCAUUUGAAUGCCAUACUUGUGGUCGUAAUUGUGGAGAUAAGUAUGGUUUCAUAACUCACAUAUUUAGAGAACCACAUAACUGAUUAAGAUUUGGUACAUAUACAUCUAAAAACAAGAUUAAAGAACACCUGAUUUCACUACGUUGUAUUUAGUAUUCAUUGAUAGGUAAAUAAAAUGGUAAACUGUCUUGUUAUACUGCUUAGAAUGGAUGACAGUUUUUACAUGUGUUUGUAGUUUGUAUAAUUGUGUGGUUGAUAUGAGCUGACAUGGCUUUGAGAUGUAAAGUGAUUUUUGUUUGUACUCUGUUUGAAAUUUCCCAGGCGAGUAGGUUGUGGCUUACAUGAACUCUCAAGUCUGAACCUGCAUUAUACACUGUAAUGUACUUCGGCUGUUGUAGCAAUGAGAGGUAAAGUAUAGAAUCUAAGUGUGUUUGUCAUGCCCUUAAAAAAUAGUUUGCUUUCUUGAAGUGAUAUUUCUAUGUUAUUUUUCUUCCUUGAAGCAAUUUUAUAACCUUUAAAUAUUGUUGAGUUCACUCGAACGAAUUGUAAUUCAAAGGCAAACAAAAUCGUUUUCAGUAAAAAGAAACACUUUUUGUUGUUGAGAAAGUGCAAUAAAUAGUUAGACAACGUACUGAAAGUUGACUUAUCUCAAGUUGCAGGUUUGCAAAGGUGAGAGAUCAUUCAAAUGUACUCGUUAAUGGUAACGGACUAUUAUUGAAAUAAGGGGGGCUCUUCGAAUGGAACUUUAAGUAGUUUCAUAUCUCCAUAGUCACAUAUCUCCAUUUCCAAGGGCUGGUACAAAUUAUUUUGUGCUUAACAAUAUAUCAUUAUGUGUUAACUAGGGAACAUGAAUGUUGUAAACAAAAAUUAAAUUAAAAUAAUGAAAUAAUAUUUUGCUGGAACAAUAUGUUUUACCAGGACAUGAAAUUAGGGGAAUCAGCAUCUAAUGAGUGUUUUAUCUUAAAAAUAAAUUAACAACCUUAGUAAUGAUAACUGUCUUGUUAUCCUUUUUUCUAAAGAAGUCUUGGACAAACACUGCAAAACUGUAUGGUACUAUUUUCACUAGUCAAUGGGAUUUUCAAAGAUAUGAACUGUAAUUGGCUUGCAUGUGAAACACAAACACGUUGAUGCACACUUGCAGUCAGGAUAGUGUUGGGAAAUAUUUUCAUGUAGGCCCUAAUACAUAAUCCUAGAGUUUUACGCAUGCAAUGACCAAUCUGUUGUGUAUGCAGCUCCCACUUAUUGUCGCACAGGUUAAACAGCUUUUAGGGUUUUAGAUAAUAAUAGUACCGUAUUACAAACUUUUGAAUAGAUACAUGUACAUCUAAUCAUCUAUGUGUUGUGUUCUAUACUUGUACAGCUAUUAAAUAACCUUGUGGCAUCAUCAUUCUGAUGUCACCUUGUUGGAUUAUUUGAAGCAGUUGAUGUUCAUGGUGAACUGAAAUGCUGACUUGUGUCACGAUCAUUCUAGAUAUAUCAGGCUCUGCAUGCUUGUCGUUUGGAUGUGAGGUACAAUACAUUUACUCCAUGUAUAACAUGUAAUCUAAAUAUCUCAUGGUGUUAUUUAUCGGAAUACAAAAUGCAGUUAUCUAUGAGAACCAUUAUAAGAUUAGAUCUUAAAUAAGUCAUUGGUUUUCUCAGCAUUCCUGAUUAGCAGGUUAGUUUAACAUGGAUCUCUCACAAGGUAUACCACAAGCCUGAACUGUUGAGUUUGUUAUCAGUUAGCUAGUAAGUAAUAGACACAAGGCUGGUGAAUGUGGUUCAUACCGUAUGCGGCUCUGGUUUCAUAAAGGAAACCAAUUGUAAAUGCCAUUAGAUUGAUUGUUACUUUUUCUCUGCUCUUCACAUACAUUUGUUCAGCAGUUUGUUGUGUUAGAUUUAAAGCAUACAAAUCUUCUGCGCAAUGAAAAUAUUAUGAGCGUUUCAAGUAUUUUUUCCUUAACUUUAAUUUUUGUUUACCAAUUACAAUCACUGCUUCUGUUAACUCCGGGUGCUUGGCUUUGUUAUCAUUAUUCUUUAUCCCCAGUUGCACCUUGAAACAUUUGAAUGACUGCAUUGUCAAAGUUAAGUCAUUUAAGGUAAACAACAGAAUGCAUGGUUAAAUGGCCAUUGACAAUUUGUGCAGUAACAGUUAUGGUGAGCAGUUUGCAAUAGCAAUUUUCAAUUAAAUUUGGUCUAAGAAAACCAGGAUGGUCUAUUAUGGCUAUCAUAAAGUAGAAUUUGUAUUUGGUCUAAGAAAUCAAGCAUCUAAGAAAUCAAGCAUCUAAGAAAAUUUUGGUCUAAGAAAACCAGCUUGGGUCUAUUAUAAAGUAGAAUUGGUACAGAUGUUGUGUACAUAUUAUCCUUGACCAUGUUGACAGUGUAGAGAUAAAUCAUUUUUGUUAAAUUUUUAACUAAAUGAAACAAAUAAGAAUAGUUAUUCUUGUAAGCUGUAACAGUUUAUCAUAAUAAUGUGUUUUAAAAAGUAGGGUUAGUUUCUUUGUAUAAGGCAAAAAAUAAAUAACAAAUGUUGAUCGUCCU